AUGCCGUUACAGAACUGCACUCUGCGGAAGACACUCUUAUAUUCUGAAUUCUGUUUUUUGCUCCUGUGCAUUUACACAGUUCUGUUCAGUGCUGUCUUCUUGUGGGCUCGCUGGAAGCGUCACAAAGGUCUGGUCGGAGGAGUUCACCAUGCAGCUGCACAUCAUGAUGAUCUGGAGGACAUCAGAGAAAAUAUCCUCAACUACAGUGAAGAAGGGGGUGGGGAACAAGACCAAGAUGCAUACAACAUGGCAGAACUGCAGGUGUCUAUUCAAACCAGCCCAGCCUAUUCCCUCUACAAGAAGAAAGUAAAAACAACAGAACAGAACUGCUUCUUUAAUGCUGCAUCUCCAAGCAUGCAGGAGCAGACCAAAACAUCAGUGACUAUGCGAGCCUCUUUUACAAGCAGAGCCCUUGGUCAGUACUUGUCAGAUGUUGUUCGAGAUGCUGACCACAGUCCCCAGGCUGUUCCCCACGACUCACUGCAGGUGUUUCACACCGAAGGAGAAGGCUCGGUCGCUAGCGGUCUCAGUACCCUGAGCUCCUCUGAACCAGAUGAGGGUAUAGUGUAUGACGACAUUAAAGAGUGGGGACCAAAGUUUGAGAAAUUAAGUGAACUCUACUCACAUACAGAUGCAGAAGACCAGUAGAUUACCAGCUGUACUAUUUUCACAGUGUUUGGAAGGGACUGUGAAGGACAGUUUUUCAUGCUCUUGCUACUUACUUUCAAGGAUUAUGCACCAUUGCCCUUCCUCCUUCUUUUAUUUUUUAUUUUUGAAACAACUUUCCCACUAAUGGGCAACAAUUUGCACUUAAAAUACUUAAUAGUAGGAGCUUAUCUUGGGACAGUCUGAACAUUUACUUUUGGGGAUAAAAACUAAAGGAAAGAAAGCAUAGAACAAUGGGGUACUUAAAAUGAAGAAAUUAAAAUGGUUUUGCUUACAGUUGCAUCAGUAGCUUGUUUAGGGAGGUCUAGCUUUUAUUUUUGUUUUAUAGGCUAGAUUAAUUUGCACAUUUUCAAAUGAUAAAUGUUCAUGCAGAAUCUUGUUCUUGCAUGUAUUUGCUGACACACUUUUCAACUAAUGGUUACAUGUUUUGGAUAACAUGGCAUUUUCUUCUGGAAAAGGUAAAGGCUAUUUUUACCCAUGCCUGGUAAUUUUGAUUCACAGAGGGCACAUAAGUUAUGGUAUUAUCGUUUUCCUGAUAUAUUCACCUGUGAGGAAACAUUGGUUAAUUUAUCUUGUAAUGGUCACAAGUCAGGUAUGUCAGACUCUCAACAUCAUUACCAGAGCAGUCACAAACAGUGAAUGAAAAAUGAAGUAAAUGGAAACUAUGGAAAAAAAACCAAAACAACCUAUCCCUUCCUCAAACAGCACUAAUUGUGUCUGCACACCUUGUGUUCUUGCCAUAGCUAUGGAUAUACUGUCAUUUUGCUUGCUUUUAAUUUAAUUUAGCUUGUAAGCUCCUUGGGGCAAGCAGUGUCUUUUUAUUUGCCUGUGAAGUGUCAUGCAUAUCUAAAGCACCAUAUAAAUAAUAAAUAAGCCUUCUGAAUAUGAUGUCUCCUCCUUGCAUAUGUUUAAGGUUGACUAAAGUUUGGACUUCUAUUGAGUUAUUCCUCUCUCAGCUUUGUUCAACCACUUCCACAGACACAUUUGUGCACCCUGUUCUGGCUGAGGAGGAGCUGAGGGAAGCAGCUGAUGCUGCUAGCUGAUGUAUGGACUCAAGGUCUGGGUACACACUCAGAUGUUACAGCUGAGUUUUCCAUACAGACUGCUGCAAGCUGGUUGGGGCCACAGGCCAGUACUAUUCUCAGAAACAAGAACUUUUUGCAACUAUUCUAAGAAGAAAAUCGUUGACUUUACAUGCAUGAAUUACUCAUGUUGUGCUCCCUACAGGCCUCAUUCUGCACUCAACCCUCAGGCUGGGAUUUAGCAGCUGAGACACAGGUAACGCAGUGUGCCCUGUCGCUCUGAGCCCAACGUUCACCAUGUGGACAGGACGUGGACCUGUACAAAAGGCAGAUGGGCAACAGAUUGUCAGGUGCGUUAGGCAGGACAAAUGGCACCAAAUCCAGUAUGUCUCAAAACACAUCGUUUUCCUUCCUCUUCCUCUCUAUCCAGUUAUCUUAAUUCAUUCUCACAUGAAUGCCAAGUUGAGGUUUGCAACAAAAUGCAGUGAACAGCACAUUCAAGUCCCUGAGCUUCUCAGAAAAAUUAUAAACAUGCUCACCUUCCCAGGAAAGUGCCCGAAUAAUCUGAUUACAGGGUAUUGUGAUAGAGCUCAGUCCUGUUGAAGCUCUAAGACAUCUGUAAAGUACUUAAAUGGUCAUUGAGAGUAGAAGCAAGCCAGACCAGAACUUUGUAGCUUGGUCACUUUGAGCCAUGCAGGCAGCUGGGUUGCUCAGUCACAGCUGUAGAGUUGCUCAGGUUGAGAAGUCUCAUUUCCAUUCCCUAAGAGGUAGUUUGGAAACCAAGCUGAAGUCACUGCUCUACUACUCCUUUCCCAAUUCCAGCUAUGGUACUGAUUUGUAAACAAAGAAAUAAACAAACCCUCAGAGUUUCUCUGUUUGGAACUACAGUUUGACAAAGGUUUUUACAGAAUAAAACAAAAAGGUCAGAAAAAACAUCUAAAAAUGCUACAUGAACUUGUGUAGAUAGAAUCUCAGCGCCUUCUCAUUUGCAGCUGUCAUGCUCCAUUGAAGGCCUUCUUUUCCUCUUUCUAGGGAUUACUAAUUAGUUCAAUUAAAAUUUAUGUCUUAAUUUUCACAUUGCUCUUGUCAUUACAGUGCAGUUUUUGAAAGCACUUGUUCCAUAUAUUCAAGACACAAGAAUUGCAGCUCCUCUACAAAAACCCUUAUGAUGUCUCUCUAGAACAGGGACAGCUGGCCUGCCACCAGGAAGCUUUGCGAUGAGUGGGGAGGGGAGGGAGAAAAAAUUUAAAUAAACAUCACUGGGUCCCUAGGUAGUUGGAUUUGCAGUAAUCUGGUACUGUUAUUAAUCUUCUUCCACAUUCUUCACAGAAUUUAACAUGUACUAAGAACAUUUUAUUAAGUAUAAAAUAUUUGUAAAGGUCUGAAAUUUAAAUAAUCAUGUGGAUAUUAGUAUUUAAUCUGUCUGCCUGCCAACUGCAUUAAUCUUCAUGUUUUUCCCCUUUUAACAUAACAUUCCAAGUAUGUAACAUGUAGCCAAGCCAUAUGAAAGCUGAUUGCCCUUAGGUCUGACCUGCUGGCUAGCAUGCUUUAGAAGAAAAAUCAUGGCUGUAAAAGAAGCAGGGUUAGGACGAGCAAGCCGAGCAAUUUCUUACUUACAGAAAUGACAAAAAAAAAAAAGCCACAACCAUUUCCUGGGGACUUGAAUAGUGUGCAACUUCCUACUGAGAGCUGUUGAUGAAUGAAGACGUUUUGAGAAACCUGGUUCUCUGGAACAGGGAAUCCUAUCUACACAAGCACAACGUGUCACGAUUACAUUCUACCAGUUAAAUUAAUUGUACUUAAUUAACAUUGGUGACAAAACUCUCAAAAAACUCAAAG